CGGCUCGCUGGGAAGCUGCGACGCCGAGUUUCACUCUGGCUGCCUUCUCCUGAGAGUCGGAGCCACAGCCAGAGCCCUGCCCAGGCCGAGCCGGCGCUGCAGCCCGAGCGCGGUGGUGCCCUCAGCCCCGUCCUCUUGUUCUCCUCAGCCUCGGUGGCAAAGGUGCCUUGGAAUUUGUGUCGCUGAGUCAGCAAGCCUUUCAGAUUUGCCCGGUUUUUGUUGUUUGUGGUUUGUAUCAAGAUGGGAACUCAAACAAGUCAUUCCUCCUAAGGAGCUGGUGUCUUCAUCCAGAAGGGACAGUUUGUGCCAGCUCUCCAGAGAGAAAAGAAACUUCUAAUUGAAGACACUGAGCUGAACCAUUCCGCCCGCCCGCCCGCCUGCCCGCCGGAGGGCACUCCAGAUCUGCCGGAGGCGCUGGGCAAUGACCCUGGGACUCCAGGCCAGAGGGGUCUGAAGCUGUUUGGGAAAGCAGCGGGACUCCUUGGGAAGAUGGCCAUGGCCCCAAGCCCUUCCCUGGUGCAGGUGUACACCAGCCCCGCGGCUGUGGCCGUGUGGGAAUGGCAGGACGGGCUGGGCACCUGGCACCCCUACAGUGCCACCGUCUGCAGCUUCAUCGAGCAGCAGUUUGUCCAGCAGAAGGGCCAACGUUUUGGGCUUGGGAGCCUGGCCCACAGCAUCCCCUUGGGCCAGGCAGACCCCUCGCUGGCCCCUUACAUUAUUGACCUCCCCAGCUGGACCCAGUUCCGCCAGGACACCGGCACCGUGCGGGCUGUGCGGAGACACCUGUUCCCCCAGCACUCAGCCCCUGGCCGAGGUGUCGUCUGGGAGUGGCUGAGCGACGAUGGCUCCUGGACCGCCUAUGAAGCCAGCGUCUGUGACUAUCUGGAGCAGCAGGUGGCCAGGGGCAACCAGCUCGUGGACUUGGCCCCCCUGGGGUACAACUACACUGUCAACUACACCACCCACACGCAGACCAACAAGACUUCCAGCUUCUGCCGCAGCGUGCGGCGCCAAGCAGGGCCGCCUUACCCGGUGACCACCAUCAUCGCUCCGCCGGGCCACACAGGCGUCGCCUGCUCUUGCCACCAGUGCCUCAGUGGCAGCAGAACUGGCCCCGUGUCAGGCCGCUACCGCCACUCCAUGACCAACCUCCCUGCAUACCCCGCCCCCCAGCAUCCCCCACACAGGACCGCUUCUGUGUUUGGGACCCACCAGGCCUUUGCACCGUACAACAAACCCUCACUCUCCGGGGCCCGGUCUGCGCCCAGGCUGAACACCACCAACCCCUGGGGCGCAGCUCCUCCUUCCCUGGGGAGCCAGCCCGUCUACCGCUCCAGCCUCUCCCACCUGGGACCGCAGCACCUGCCCCCAGGAUCCUCCACCUCCGGUGCAGUCAGUGCCUCCCUCCCCAGCGGUCCCUCGAGCAGCCCGGGGAGCGUCCCUGCCACUGUGCCCGUGCAGAUGCCAAAGCCCAGCAGAGUCCAGCAGGGGCUCGCAGGCAUGACGAGUGUUCUGAUGUCAGCCAUUGGACUCCCUGUGUGUCUUAGCCGCGCACCCCAGCCCACCAGCCCUCCCGCCUCCCGUCUGGCUUCCAAAAGUCACGGCUCAGUUAAGAGAUGGAGGAAAAUGUCCGUGAAAGGAGCGACCCCGAAGCCAGAGCCAGAGCCAGAGCAGGUCAUAAAAAACUACACGGAAGAGCUGAAAGUGCCCCCAGAUGAGGACUGCAUCAUCUGCAUGGAGAAGCUGUCUGCAGCAUCUGGAUACAGCGAUGUGACUGACAGCAAGGCAAUCGGGCCCCUGGCUGUGGGCCGCCUCACCAAGUGCAGCCGCUCCUUCCACCUGCUGUGCCUCCUGGCCAUGUACUGCAACGGCAAUAAGGAUGGAAGUCUGCAGUGUCCCUCCUGCAAAACCAUCUAUGGAGAGAAGAUGGGGACCCAGCCCCAGGGAAAGAUGGAGGUAUUACGGUUCCAGAUGUCGCUCCCCGGCCACGAGGACUGCGGGACCAUCCGCAUAGUUUACAGCAUUCCCCAUGGCAUCCAGGGCCCUGAGCACCCCAAUCCUGGAAAGCCGUUCACUGCCAGAGGGUUUCCCCGCCAGUGCUACCUUCCAGACAAUGCCCAGGGCCGCAAGCUGCUGACCGAUGGCCACUACAUGACGCUGCCCCUGUCUCUGGACCAGCUGCCCUGUGAUGACCGCAUGGCGGUCAGCGGAGGCGCCCCCGUGCUGCGGGUGGGCCAUGACCACGGCUGCCACCAGCAGCCCUUCUGCAACGCGCCCCUCCCUGGCCCUGGACCCUAUCGGGUGAAGUUCCUCCUGAUGGACACCAGGGGCUCACCCAGGGCUGAGACCAAGUGGUCAGACCCCAUCACUCUCCACCAAGGGAAGACCCCCGGAUCCAUCGACACCUGGCCAGGGCGGCGAAGUGGCAGCAUGAUCGUCAUUACCUCCAUUCUCUCUUCUCUGGCCAGCCUCCUACUCUUGGCCUUGGCAGCCUCUACCAUGCGCUUGCCCUUAGACCGUCACCCCAGUAGGCUCUCCAGGACCCAGGAGCCUCCAUCACCUGGAAGGACCCUCUGUGCAAAACCUCAAGCGUCCAUCUGUGCACAAGGCUGGUGGUUCCCGUCGUCCCGUCGUCGCAACUCGGGGUCGCCGGUGAGCCGCAGCCAGGCCGCCUCACGGCCAGUGCGCAUGCACGCUCCUAUUCGCUGCCCCUUCUGCCUCCGAGGCGGUAGCAGAUGCCACGUUGGCGGGGUCGGUGAAGGUCAGGACUCUAGGCCUCCUUCCGCUAAGCCAGAGGGAUGAGCAAUCACGCCUGAGAGCCCACUGCGUGCCAUGCAGUCCGCACAGCCGCAGCGAUUUUCUAGAUGGAGAAACUGAGGCUCAGUGACUUGCCCGCUGCACUCUGUCCAUGGCCGCUGCACACGCCCCCUUGGGCUGCGCUCCCGGACCUUCUAAUGUGACCAUGGCUCCCGGCAUGCAGGCCCUGCCAGUGGAGGGAGCCCGGUGGUGACCCUUGGUCUGCAGCCCUCUUUGGAGUACCGAACCUGCUAAGGCCAUCAAACCUAUUGAUCGGAAGUCAGUCCAUCAGAUUUGCUCUGGGCCAGUGGUACUGAGUCUAAGCACUGCAGUGAAGGAGUUAGUAGAAAACAGUCUGGAUGCUGGUGCCACUAAUAUUGCGAUGUCACCAUUUCUACCUGCCACGCAUCGGUGAAGGUUGGGACUCGACUGGUGUUUGAUCACGAUGGGAAAAUCAUCCAGAAAACCCCCUACCCCCACCCCAGAGGGACCACAGUCAGCGUGAAGCAGUUAUUUUCUACACUACCUGUGCGCCAUAAGGAAUUUCAAAGGAAUAUUAAGAAGACAGAGUCUUCUCACUCUGUCGCCCAGGCUGGAGUGCAGUGGUGUGAUCUUGGCUCACUGCAACCUCUACCUCCUGGGUUCAAGUGAUUCUCCUGCCUCAGUCUCCCAAGUAGCUGGGAUUAUAGGUAUGUGUCACCAUGACCAGCUAAUUUUUGUAUUUUUAGUAGAGAUAGGGUUUCACCAUGUUGGCCAGGCUGGUCUUGCACCCCUGACCUCAAGUGAUCUGCCUGCCUCAGCCUCCCAAAGUGCUGGGAUUACAGGCAUGAGCCACCACGCGUGGCCUUUUUUUUAAAGCUUUUUUGUAAGUCAGCUAGCAAGAACACAGGAAGAAAUACUCAAAUCUCCCUUACCCAGCUGGGGGCUAUGUCAGGUUUUAUAAGCAUAGGGUAAUGAGUUGUGAUUUGAUUGGAUCUUGCAAUAAAGUAAUGCUGGGAGGUGUGAUCUGACUAGAUCCUGCCAUGGGGUGACACCAAAACUCAAUCUGAUUGGAUCCUGGCUCCUGCCAUGGAGUGUCCAGUUCUUAAAUCAGUCUCAGCUCUUCAGGCCGAGCUUUUAGUUUCCACUCCGUGGUUGCAUGCUUGGUUAACCUGGGCAUGCACAGGGUACAUGCCCUUCAACCUGUGGGUCCAUGGCAAUUGAAAAACAACUGACAACCUCAUUACAUAAAAGUUGAACUGAGCCGGGUGCAGUGACUCACGCCUGUAAUCCCAGCACUUUGGGAGGCCAAGGCAGGUGGAGGUCAGGACUUCAAGACCAGCCUGGCCAAAAUGGUAAAACCCCGUCUCUACUAAAAAUAUAAAUAUUAGCCAGGUGUGGUGGUGCACCCUUAUAAUCCCAGCUAUCUGGAGGCUGAGGCAGCAGAAUCACUUGAACCUAGGAGGUGGAGGUUGCAGUGAGCUGAGUUCAUACCAUUGCACUCCAGCCUGGGUGACAAGAGUGAAACUCCAUCAAAAAAAAAAAAAGUUGAACCAGAUUUGGUCUGAUGCAGUUACAGAUCUACAAACCUCAGCGCCACCCUCCUGCCAACACCUUCCACUCCUCAUUCUUGAGGGAUUAGGGAUGGAGGUCAUGCUUCUGCUUCGACUUCAUGCUGAGCAGGGCACUGAGUCCCCUAAAGUGAAAGGAAUGAAACUCUUGGGCUUCUGAGUUCAAAUGAGUUCUGGGGUCACCCGGAGUAGGUUGAAAGGCUGGUAUUGUUGUAAUACAAGCUGAAGGUGGAAGUGUUGGAGCCUGGAGGACAAACAGCUCACCAUCCAUUUAAAUAAAUAGGACCAAAAAGUAACAGAACAGUGGCCACGAGGGGCCCCAACAGAGGAAGAAACCAGGUGAGGUGCAGUAUAGUGGACUCGACUGCCUUCUAAAUCUCAGUUGUUGGCCGGGUGCAGUGGCUCACGCCUAUAAUUCCAGCAAAAGAAAAGCCGAGGCAGGGUGAUCACAAGGUCAGGAGUUCAAGACCAGCCUGGCAAACAUGGUGAAGCCCUGUCUCUACUAAAAAUAGAAAAAUUAGCUAGGAAUGGUGGCAUGUGCUGUAGUCCCAGCUACUCGGGAGGCUGAGGCAGGAGAAUCGCUUGAACCCGGGAGGCGGAGGUUGCAGUGAGCCGAGAUUGUGCCACUGCACUCCAGCCUAGGUAACAGAGCAGGACUCCAUCUCAGUCAAUCAAUCAAUCAAUCAAUCUCAGCGGUUGAACUACCCUUGACAUGGUUCAGCUCUGUAUCCACACCCAAAUCUCAUGUCAAAUUGUAAUUCCCAGUGUUGUGGGAGGGACCUGGUGGGAGGUGAUUGGCUCAUGGGGGCCGACUUCCCCCUUGCUGUUCUCGUGAUAUUGAGUGAGCGCUUGUGGGAUCUGGUUGUUUCAAAGCGUGCAGCCCUCCCACUUCACUCUCUCUGUCU